AUGCCGAUAUGCCCUGGACUUUGUGGGGAGCUGGCAGCGGUACCGUUCCGUGUGUUUCUAGGAACUCUUCCAACACUCGCUGUCGAAGAGCGUUGCCUUCGACAAUUGCAGCCCGUGUUUGCGUGGUACAGCAGCCGGAAACGCGUGAAGGAACAGGCAAAUGAAUUUAUCGAAAUUGACUUGGCUUCAUGUGAUGCGGAGCUAUUGCUCCGGUACUCACAUAUAUAUUACGUAAGGCGGCAGCUGUUUGAUGAACUAAUUGAGAGGCAGAUGACGCUGUUGGACUCGGGGAAGGCCCCCAGGAUGGCAGAACCGUCGCUCCUGCAGUGCCUCGCCGGCUGCAAUACGACCAUUGCCGACCGCCUCCAACUUGAAAUUAGGCAACUGGGUGCAGCGAAGAGAGCGGCAUCCGUUCCUGGUCGGCGUGAGCUCGAUCCUGUCGCCCGACUUGAGGUGUACGACUAUGCUUGCAUGAUGAGGUUAGUGGAAGAAGAUGCUGGUGCUGUCGAGGACGCCGAGAUGAAGGCCCGGGCGUACCUUCCCCGUGAAGUUAUCGAGUCCAAACUGGGACACUUCACCCAACUGCUUCUGGGCUCAGACGCAAGGGCUGCCCUGGAUAAAAAGGAUGUAAAGCUUUUAAACCGCAUGAUACCCCCGGACUACACCAGAGUCGGUUGCGUUGAGAAGUUACGACCUUUCGAUGUGACAGCGUAUUUUCGCUUCUACGGUGAACGUAUCAAUAACGUUAAGGUGGAGAAUUACUUUAAGCGAGCCCUUUGGGGACACGUGUAUCGUCGGUUUGCAACAACACCCUCCUUUCUUAGCGGUGUCUCAACAUACUGGGCCCGCCACAGUGGAUUGGAUGCCUCAUUCACAACAACCACGAUGCCGCAGGAGGUUGCCGUCGCCGUUUGUGAUCAGCAAAUUCAGUUUCCGGCUAUCAAGUUCCGAGCGCAGUACGUAUAUACAUCACCGGAAACUGCACGACAGCUUUGGCGGACUGAUGCGGCAGUUCCCCUGAUGCGCCUGUUUCCCCUAAUGGGAUCCCGGGCUGCGGAGGAUUUAGCAGCGGGCGUCCUAACGGAUGCCUUCUGGAUGCAUCUUGGUCUUUCAGAAGAGGAGAACCUUCUUCAGGAUUCAUUGCUCCUUAAGGUACGCCGGUUCGUGGAUGAGGUGGGUGAUAUGUACGAAACGAACAUAGACAGCGUUCUGAAGCGUGUGGAUGACAACUUUAAACAGGUUGUGCCGCAACUAAAAGCUGAAGAUCUGCAGGUGGAUGCACCUUUACAAGAUGGAGAAGGGGAGGAUACCGUGAGAGAAACGGUUGCAGCAUGA